UCCCACUGAUUUUCCACCAUGCACAUUUUCCAAAUCACAAUGGCCCAUCCACAUUUCGAAUUGACCCCUCUCCAAUUUGGCCCCAAUCCUUCCUCCCCUCCCACUCAUUUUCCCCCAUGCACAUUUUUCAAAUCACAAUUGCCCAUCCACAUUUCGAGUUGCCCUCUCUCUUCGCAAUUUGCCCAAUCCUUCCCCCCACUCAUUUUCCCCCAUGCCAAUUUCCAAUUCACAAUUGACCCCCAACCCUCUUCCACUUCCAAUUGGCCCCUUCUUUCCCCCCAUCCCCACACUCCAAGACAAUUUUCAAAGUUGCACUACCAUCCUUUACCCGCAAUCGACCAUUUCACUCACCCACACAUAUUCUCUCAUCAAAUGGCAAUUUACCAAAUGCAAUUCAUUGUCUUUUUUAAGUUCGUUCAUUAUUUUUUUGCACCAUUUUACUUAAUCACUUUAGAUAUGUGUAUUUCUUUGAAUAAAAAUCUUUCUUUCUAUACUUUCGACGACUAUGUUCUCUUUUUUUAUUGUAUAGCGUGUCAAGGCAGCUUUAAAAUUUUACUUAUUAUCAUUAUUUUUAUUGUUGGAGAAUUAACAAAUAUAGUCUUCAAAAUUAAUUCUUUUUUUGUUUUGUUGAGUUUUAUGUGUUUAUAUAAUAUUUACUUUGAACAUUUAAUUGUAACAGUUGAAAAUUAAGUCAAUGAUUAAAUUUUUUAAUAAUGUU